AGCGGCGGCCGCGGGGUUGGCACUGUGUGCUGAGGCCUGGAGGAGGUGCCGCGCGGCAGGGGAGAAAGCGGGAGGCCGCGCCUAGCAGGUUUCUGGAGCAGAUCAAGCGCUUCAUCAAGAGAAUUUAACUGGAAAACCAAGGCUGACAGACUUUACUUUCUUCAGACAAUAGGCAGAAGCAAGACAGAAACUAGGGAUUCUUGGCACACCUGUUUUCCCUUUGGAGGACACUAAAUUCUUUUGAAAGACAGAGGCACGUCAAUAUGGCAGCAGGACUGAAAGGACGAGGAGCCAUUACCGUGAUUUGGUGACAGUUCUUCAAACAACAGUGUCUUAAGGAAAGCUGGAUCAAGGAACUCCUGAACUUUUGGGUUCCAUUAAGUGAAAACUCAGCAUGGCUCAGGUAAAAAGCUCUAGAGUCCUCCUUCAAGAUCACUGGGAAGCCUGUUUGCAGAUUCACUCUUGAAUGCUGCCUUAGUCAACAAUAUUGACCAACCCCAGUGAGCCAAGCUCUGUAUUAAGCACCAGGGGGAAAACUAGAGGAAAGAAAGGAGACAGGCCACAGCCCCUGCCUUCAGGGAGCUUCCAGUCAAAUGAAGGAGGCAAGUCUGCUGGCUUGUGAAGGCCUGGCGGGAGUGAGUUUGGUCCCUACUGCAGCCAGCAAGAAGAUGAUGCUCAGCCCGAUCGCCAGCAAGCAGACCGAGAAUGGCGAGCGGGCGGGUAGCCCUGAUGUGCUGAGGUGCUCGAGCCAGGGACACCGAAAAGACAGUGAUAAGUCCCGGAGCCGCAAAGAUGACGACAGCUUGGCAGAGGCCUCUCAUUCAAAAAAGACUGUUAAAAAGGUGGUGGUAGUGGAACAAAAUGGUUCUUUUCAAGUAAAGAUUCCAAAAAAUUUUAUUUGCGAGCACUGCUUUGGAGCCUUUAGGAGCAGUUACCACCUCAAGAGACACAUCCUUAUUCAUACUGGUGAGAAACCAUUUGAGUGUGACAUUUGUGAUAUGCGCUUCAUCCAGAAAUACCACCUAGAACGCCACAAGCGUGUGCACAGUGGUGAAAAGCCUUACCAGUGCGAACGAUGUCAUCAGUGUUUUUCUCGGACAGAUCGAUUACUCAGACACAAACGGAUGUGCCAAGGGUGCCAGUCCAAGACUUCCGACGGGCAGUUUUCUCUAUAAGUGCAAGGGUCCCUGGGUGGUGGGAGUGAUCAGAAGAAUCUACUGAAGAGUGCACCCUCUCUGAUCUGAUGGUCCCACCACCAUCUCGUCUGAUUUGUCCCCUCCUGGCAAAGUGGACCCAAGAGGCCAGAAGAAUGCUUCAGGGGACAGUGACUCCAGAGCCUGUGCUCUGUAAAUAAUCUGAGACUAUGAGUAUCUCGGGAAGUUCCUACAGCAUUCCUGGGUAAGGGAGCUAGUCCCUGAACCCUUGGCUGAGGUCAUAGAUGGGGACUUAAUGGUGUAGGACCAAGACUGAAGUAUGGCUCCCACAACCUUGGACUCCACCUGGCAACUGAAAUGGAAAAGACUGGGGAAGGGAAUUUGUUCUGCUUUUGUUUUUGUUUAUCCAAAAGCAAUUUCAGCAGGUAAACUGUGGAUGCAGGUAACCUGGAGGUAUAAAGUCCUGGUCCAAAGUAGGGACUAUGGCUGCUCUCCCCAAAAAUUGAGCUUUUAGUUACAGUAGAUCCUCAGUGUUCCACAGACCUGCAUCUCGCCUCCUAUUUGAGGGAGAAUAGGAUCAGGGAUGGCAGCCAAACUUACUUUGGCCUUCUUAUACACUGUAGAGACGAGGAAAAAGUAGCAGACAAGGGCUGGAUCCAGGAAAACUUGGCAGUGCCUCUUACCUCAGAAGAGCAGGAGUUGUGCCCAUGCGUGUUGUAAUGGCCUGUGCCACACUUGUACCUGUAAAGUUCAGCUCAAGUGCCUUUUGAAGGAAACUUGGGUGAAGGAUCCACAAAGCCCUUUCCUUCUCUCUGGGCCAUUGGUCUUGGAUAUGGUUUGUGGCUACCUCACUGUCAUUGACUCCUAAAGCCAGACAAAGUUGUUGAGCAAGGAGUCAUUUUCAAUGGAGUUCUCUCCUUGUGCCCUCUUAGAGACAACCCAGGACUAAGUUGGCUAACAACUGUUUAGAAAACGGAUUUGGCAGCCCCUGACACAACUGCUGAGCAGUAGGUGCAGUUCUUCCUGUCAAGUCCUGUCACUAUAUUCAGGUAGAGGAGAUAGGGGUCUGGCCUUUGGUCUCAAAGAACAAGAUCUUGGCCUCCUUAGUAGCUGUUGCACCCAACAAAGAAUGGGGCAUGAGGAAUGCUGCUUAGAGAAAGGACCACAGGGAAAAACCUAAUGUAGGUUUUAUUCUUAACCAUACUUGCUCCUUUCUGCUCCAAAACCACCAUGUCCACCCCAAGAAAAUUGAUGAGGUGUGUGUAUGAAACACGAGUGUUCAUGUCUGUAUGCUUGGAGGAGAUGUAUUAUUGAACGAAACCCUUGGCCAAAGGGAGAUGAACAUAAAACUGCUGCCUCCCACCCCACCUGAAAGGAGCUUGAGGUGCCAGCAGGAGCUGGAGAACACAUUUAGAGAACAGAAGGGCUUUGUUCAAUAAGGGUUUUUUCAGAUCUGUUCAACACGCUAGUGUUUAGGGUAUUUCUGACCCAAACGAGGACUUCUGUGUGUGAAUUUUUGAAGGUGAAAUAACAGACCCUCUUUCCUGCUAAAGAAAGGAUCCUUAUGAUAGGUUCCAGAGUUUGGUUGACCACCUGACAGGUGAGAAUGGGGUGACUGUCAUAAGAGUAAUCAUGGAGACUGGGUGAACCUGAGCCCCAAACUGUUGAUGGGAUCAUAAAUGGCAGCCUCCAGGAAGUGUGAUUUAUUGCCUGGAAAAUGGAAGGAAUAGGCAACAGCAGCAAACGCUUGGCUGCUGCCUACUAUAGGGAUUGAUUGGGGCAGAGACCUUCCAUUCUUGUGAGGUAGAACCAUUUUAGGGAAGAAUAAAGGAGACAUGGCAUCCUUUAGCUUUUCUCUGAUGGCCUCUUGAGUUCCUUUGAGAAUGCUGAGGAAUGUUUGCUGCCAUGUGUUCUAGCUUUAUGCUGACACUCCUUUUUGAUGUCCUCAACCUACACGCUGGUCCUCGGAUCCGCCAUGUGGUCCCUGCAAUCAGGGGCAUAUUUCUGCAUGUGAGCCAGCCCCCUUCCUAGUAGAGAGCUUUGCUGGGGCUGGGGUUCUGUUCUCUAGGAAGGAUACUCUGAGAAAAUUAUUCUCCCAAAAAUGCUUUUGAAAGUAGGAGCCCUGUCCCGGACACUUGGAGCUGAUCUUUCUGGGAUGGUAAGUGUGUGAAGAGGAUAACGUGAAUGACCUGUGGCCCUGUGUGUAUGAGUGUGUGUGCUAGGUCAGAAUGUGUCCUGGCCCUCAAGGACAUCAGCUUCCUGCCUGCAUGGAUAGGUGGGAAUUUCUGAGCAUGUGUACAAAUGGCCAAACCAGCACUGGCCCUGGUAAGGCCUGGGCGUAGGGAAACUUGGGAGCAGGUGGUUAGUCCAGUUGUUGAGGUGCUGGUGUACGGGGCAGUGGAUGUGUGAGAAAACAAGCAAAGGGGUGACAGAGGUCCAGGAGCCCCACUUCUACCCCAGAGAACCCGCAGGCCAGGACCACUGCAAAGCCUUCUGGGCUCCAUGCCUACUUCCUGAGCUGGAAAGAUGCCUCUGGGGCACUGAAGUGCAGAGAAGUGGAGCCAGUGCAGCCUCUGAGAACAGGACGUGCAGUUGGGGGACCUGGGAAAGAUAGUGCCCACUUCUGGGUGGGUUCCUAUACCAGGCCUGACCAGCUCUGCCCUUCCCAGCACCCCAUCUUUUCGUCCAUCCCCCUCUCUUGUCAUCACUUAGCUACUGAUUGUGCCCCAUGGCAUGGCAUUGGAAGGGUUACAUAAGUGGAGCCCACCACAACUUUUAACCCUCUUCCAGAUGCCUCUGCUUCAGCCCUGGGGCUUUCAUCUUCAACAAUACCCCCUUUUCCUCCCUCCACCUUUUUUUUUAAUAUACUUAUUUUCCUAUGGGGGAGGGGAGUAUUAAGUGAACAAGAUCACUUUUAAAUAGUAGUUUUUAUAAGAUGUUAUAAACUUGUAUCUUUUUACCAUUAAAGUGCAGUGUAUGUUCCUUCGUGAUAUAUUUAGAAUAUUUAAAUAAAAAGCAGGGGGCUUU